UGUCCCGUUCCGCUACCUCGCCCGCGGCAUCGCGGAACCGGAGGAGUUCCGGGGUUAGAAGGCGCUUCCUGAUUCCUCCGUUCCAAAAUCUCCCAAUUCUCCCGAACCGAUCCGACGCUCUUCGCAAUGGAAUCUCUCCACGCCUCGAGGGGCCGCCGCACCCUGGAAGAGAUCCGGCAGAAGAGGGCCGCCGAGAGGAUGCAGCAGCAGAAUCCGCCCGCUGUAGCGGCAUCCCACGUUGACCCUUACGGGAACCAAAGAGCCGGAGCAGAGCUGCUUGCUCGAGUUCAACAACUUGAAAAUGGAAGAAUGGAAUUGGAGAGGGAAAACCAAAUGCUGUUGUCCAAGUUUGCGGAGAAGGAAGUCGAAAAGGAUUCCCUGGUUAACCGGUUGAAUGACCUUGAGAAGAAUGUAGUACCCUCCUUGAAAAAGGCUCUGAAUGACAUUUCAUUGGAGAAAGGUGCUGCCAUUGUUGCUAAGGAGGAUGCUCUAGCGCAACUCAGGAGCAUGAAGAAGCGGCUGAAGGACGCAGAAGAGGAGCAAUACAGGGCAGAAGAAGACUCUGCAUCCUUGAGGGCACAGCUAAAUACCCUGCAGCAGCAAGUAAUGAGCAACUCUUACAGUGGGUAUGCAGUGGAAACAUCAAGCGAGAAAACUCUUGCCAUGGAAAAGGAGAUACAAGAUUUACAGGCUCAGCUAAAACAAGAGUCACUGCUAAGGCAACAGGAGCAGCAAAAACUGGCUGAAGAAUCCCUACUGAGGCAACAAGAUCUGCAAAAGCUAGCUGAAGAACAAUCCCUUACUGCUUCUCUUCUGGCUGAAAAGCAAGAGAUGGAUAACAAAAUUGCUACAAUAACAAAGAAAUCUUCAGAAGAGGCUUCUGAAUUGGCUGCACGCAAAGCAUUUUCGAUGCAAGAUAGAGAAAAACUUGAAAACCAGUUGCAUGAUAUGGCUUUGAUGGUUGAGAGGCUAGAGGGCAGCCGCCAAAAGCUGUUAAUGGAGAUUGAUUCUCAAUCAUCAGAAAUAGAAAAUCUGUUUGAGGAGAACUCGGCCUUGUCAACUUCGUACCAAGAAGCUGUGUCUGUUACAAUGCAAUGGGAGAACCAGGUUAAAGAUUGUUUGAAGCAAAAUGAAGAGCUCCGUCUCCACUUAGAGAAGCUACGAAUUGAGCAGGCUAACCUGUUGAAAACAAGCAAUAGUUAUAUCCAGCCAGAUGGGCAAAGUGAGACCAGCAUCUCAAAUCCACCAGAAUUGGUCACGGAGAAUCUCUCUCUAAAGGACCAACUCAUCAAAGAACAGAGCAGAUCUGAGGGGUUGUCGGCAGAAAUAAUGAAAAUGUCAGCUCAACUUAGAAAGGCAGUCCAAGCACAAAAUAACCUCACACGCCUAUAUAGACCUGUACUGAAAGACAUAGAGGGUAACCUGAUGAAAAUGAAACAAGAAACUUAUGCGACGAUCCAAUGAUUAACUGCAUAUGAGUGCAAACUUCAGCGAUGACAACACUUGUACAACCACCCUGGAUGUGCUAGUUUCUCACAUGUUGUUCUCAAGAUUGUGUUGCUUUACAAAUUAUAUGUGCAUUUUUUCCUGUCUUCCGGCUUCCCGCGAAGGCCGUCCUUCAUUGUAGAGUUCGAUCAACACUGCUGUACAUGCGCAGUUGUGCGACACUGAAUUUGGCGAAAUGACAAAAGUAAAAUCAGAUUCUUUCUUUUUCCAGA